AUGAAUAAUCCUGAAUUGUACAGUUUGAUUCAAGAAUUUCAAAAUAAUAGUGUUUCUGAUAUCAAUAAUAAUAAUAAUACAACAGUGAAUAAAAAUUUAGAAGAAAGUAAUAUAGAGUCUGAUUUUACAUUUACAUCACCCUCAACUACAACUACUACUACUACUACCACCACCACAAAUAAUAAUAAUAAUAAUAAUAAUAAAAUGACAUCAGAUGAUAACCAAUCAAAUUCUUUCUUAUCUUCACCUGAAGAUAAUAAUAAUGACAAUGGCACAACAAUUGCAAAUACAACAUCUGCUAUGGCUCCAUCUUCUGACAAUGAAGAAGUAUCUCAAUCACCACCAUCAAAUUCUACUACAACAAUAACUACAUACCUUAAUGAAACAAACAAACCCUUAGCAGACUUUAUACCAACCUAUCCGCCAUCAAAUUCUUCUACAACAAUAACUUCAUUCCUUAAAGAAACAAACAGACCCUUAACAAACUUUCCACCAACCAAUUCACCACCACCAUUUAAAUCAGCAUUUAUAAACAAUGCCAACAACAACAACAAUAAUACUAACAAUAGUGAACAAUUUGCAAUUUUAACUAAAAACUAUCAAAAAAUUGAAACCAUGUUAACAGAAAUUCUUUCUGUUGUUUCUUCAAGUCAACAAAAGAUUACAACUUUAGAAACUGAAGUUAAAUCAUUAAAAGAACAAUUAAAAGAACAACAACAAAAAGAACAACAACAACAACAACAUCAACAACAAAAAGAGCAAGUACCUUCCCCACAAAUUCAAACUCAACCACAACCUCAAAUACAACCAUUGCAACCUCAACCACAAUAUCAACCAAUCAAUCAAACACCAUUGGCAAAUCCAAAUUUCCCACCAUCAUUUGGUAGCAAUGAUCAACAACAACAACAACAACAACAAGUAUACACAUUCCAGCCACCAUUCCAAGCUAAAAAUAUUCCUUUCUCAUAUGGAGGUCAACCACCACCACAACAACCACCACAACAACCACCACAACAACAACAACCACAACAACCACCACAACAACAACAACAACAACCACAACAACCACAACAACAACAACAACAAAAUAAUUACACACAAAAUAAUGGUCAAUUUAUUAGAGAUGCUCCACCAAGUUUCCAACAACAACAAGGAAAACAACCAAUGCCACUCCCAACAAAUAACAACUCUUAUAUUUCACAAAUAUAUCCUGGCCAAGCACAACCACAACAACCUCAACAAGUACAACCACAACAAACAGUUCAAGUUCAACAACCAACAAGACCAUUACAACAAACCUUACAACAUCAACAACAACAACAUCAACAAGCAAUGCAACAAGCUCAAUUACAACAACAACAAGCCUUGCAAUCAAGACCUUCACCACCUCCACCAAACAAUAAUAGCGGUUCAGCAUUACAUUCUUGUCCAAUGUGUUCAAAUAAAUAUCCAGAAUCUGAAAUUAAUAACCACGUAAAUAGUCAUUUUGAUUCUGAUUCUUCAAGUCAAUCCAGACCACAACAACCACAACCUCAAACACAACAAAAUAAUCAAGGUUUCUAUCCACAAUUUCAAAGAAAGUAA